AAGUGAGGUUAUAUUGUACAUGUGAAUUUAACCGGAGGUGGCCGUGUUGUUGAUAUUAUCAACAUUGGUUUUUAUCCAUUAAAUUUAGUGCCUUCGUUUAUUAUAAAAAAUGGUAUCAGUAAAACCUAAAGUGCCGCUAAAGGCAAAGAAUAAGAAAGACAAUAAGCCUGUUAAAAUUGAGAAGCAAAAUAAAAAAGCGAAGCCGCAAAAACCAAAACCAAAACUUACUCCACCAUCACCGAAAGAAACAAAAAUUGUGAAACAAGUUAAGGAGGAAAUUAAAAAAGAAGAUGCAUCGAAGAAGAAGGCUAAAUACGUGAUGCCUACAGCGACUAUCACAGACGAUUUAGUUAACUCUUGUUUGACUGCUUUGCUUGAUGUUAUUGUCCCCAACGAUAGACAGAAAAACAAAAUCUUCGAAGACGAGAAACCAAUAUUCGCUGAAAUCCACUGUAUGAAAAUACAGAACACUAAAGGAAAUGUAAGAUUUGUACUACCACAUAGCACCGUUGCUUCUACUGGCGAAGUGUGCUUAGUUACCCCAGAUAUCAAGAAAGGAAGAAAACAUGACCAUGAACCCACUAUUGACCGCUGGGAAGAAAUCUUAAGGAAGGAAGGUGUUACUGGGGUCAAAACAGUAUUACCAGUGAGACAGCUAAAGGUGGAGUAUGACCAAUUUGAGCUGAAACGCAGACUGUUAACUCAACAUGACUUCAUAAUGGUAGACACUAGAGUACUCAACCAUGUCUCACACAUUUUGGGAAAGAUGUUCUUCAAAAAACAUAAUAUGUUGGUCCCUGUUAGAAUUAAUGAAGAGAAAAACUUAAAGAAAAGUAUUGACAUUGGUCUUAGGACAGCUAUUUUACGUCUAAGUGAAGGAGAGACUUCAACAAUCACUGUAGGUCACACGGCUAUGCCUAAAGAGAAACUAAAAGAAAACAUCAUUGCUUUAGUCCACCAGCUACAAACUAAAUUCCCUGGUGGAGAAGCCAACAUUAGGGCCAUAUCUUUGAAGUUGCCACUAUCAGUGUCACUUCCUCUAUACCUCACCUUACGGCCAUCUAGCACAAUCAAACCACCAAGACUAACUCAAAAGAGACCUAAGCACUACACUGUGUUGGAAGAUGAACUAUCAACAAUGCCUGGCAAGGUUGUCAGGGUAGCUCCUGAUGGUACUGUCAAGCUGAAGAAUCUUAAACAGGCUCCCAAGACCAGCAAAAACAAGAAAGUAGUGGAAAGAGAGGUUGAUGAUGAGGAGGAAGAGGAAUUAGAGGAUGAAGACGACAGUGAGGAAUUAGAAGAAUCAGAAACAAAUGAUGAAUAGUUAAAUAUAAAUCUUUAUUCACAUUUUACAGGCUUGUAAAAAAUCAUGUCUUCAUUGAAUAAAUGAGAUUUAAACAUA